UUUUGGAUUCUUGCCUGCCGCGAGCUCACGGCGCUCUCGUGCUCGUGUCAUCGAUCGCGCCAGGGCCCGAUCGAUCGAGAUGCGCUCGCGCAUUCUCUCUUCUUUCUCCCUUUCCCGAUCUUGAGAGAGCGAGCUUGGGAAUGGCGAUCGAGCGUGAGGAAUGGCACCUUCUUGAUCUUUCUCUUCUUCCUCCAUCCGGCGAGAGGUAGAAUCUUUUUGCUGUCCAGCGCCCGGAUUUCGAUGGAUUGGAGCGUCGCGCUGUCGAUCUUGUUGCUGCUUGCCGCAUCGUCGAGCGUCGCGCGCGGAUUCCAGGAUAAAUCCGCGCUCCUGGCGCUCAAGGCGGCGAUGAUCGACAGUUCCGGCAGCCUCGACGACUGGACCGAGACCGACGACACGCCGUGCUUGUGGACGGGCAUCACCUGCGACGAUCGCCUCUCCCGCGUCGUGGCGCUCGACCUCUCCAACAAGAAUCUCUCUGGCAUCUUCUCUUCCUCCAUCGGCCGCCUCACCGAGCUCAUCAAUCUCACGCUAGAUGUCAAUAACUUCACAGGGAAUCUCCCGAGUGAGCUCGCCACGCUGCACGACCUCCACUUCCUCAACGUCUCCCACAACACCUUCACGGGGGAUUUCCCGGGGCGCUUCUCCAAUCUCCAGCUCCUCGAGGUACUGGAUGCUUACAACAACAAUUUCUCCGGGCCUCUGCCAAUCGAACUCUCGCGGCUGCCCAAUCUCCGCCACCUUCACCUGGGCGGGAGCUACUUCGAGGGAGAGAUCCCUCCCAGCUAUGGCAACAUGACGAGCUUGAGCUACCUGGCGCUGUGCGGCAACUGCCUUGUUGGCCCGAUCCCUCCCGAGCUCGGCUACCUCGUCGGCCUCGAGGAGCUCUACCUCGGCUACUUCAAUCACUUCACCGGAGGAAUCCCUCCCGAGCUGGGCCGGCUUCUCAAUCUCCAGAAGCUCGACAUUGCUAGCUGCGGCCUCGAGGGCGUGAUCCCGGCGGAGCUCGGGAAUCUCUCCAACUUGGACUCGCUCUUCCUCCAGAUAAACCAUCUCAGCGGUCCGAUCCCUCCCCAGCUCGGGGAUCUCGUCAACUUGAAGUCGCUGGAUCUCUCCAACAACAAUCUCACUGGAGCGAUACCGAUCGAGCUGCGCAAGCUCCAGAAUUUGGAGCUGCUGAGCUUGUUCCUCAAUGGGCUGUCGGGGGAGAUCCCGGCCUUCGUCGCCGAUCUUCCCAACUUGCAAGCUCUGCUGCUAUGGACGAACAACUUCACCGGUGAGCUCCCUCAGCGCCUCGGCGAGAACAUGAACCUCACGGAGCUGGACGUCUCGUCGAAUCCUCUGACGGGGCCGCUGCCUCCAAAUCUUUGCAAAGGUGGGCAGCUCGAGGUGCUGGUGCUGAUCGAGAAUGGGAUCACUGGAACCAUCCCGCCGGCGCUGGGCCACUGCAAGAGCUUGAUCAAGGUAAGACUAGCAGGGAACCAUCUCACUGGGCCGAUCCCGGAGGGGCUGCUGGGACUAAAGAUGCUAGAGAUGCUGGAGCUCCUGGAUAACCGGCUCACGGGCAUGAUCCCCGCGAUCGUGGACGCGCCGCUGCUCGACUUCCUCGAUCUCUCCCAGAACGAACUCCAGGGAUCCAUUCCUGCCGGGGUGGCACGGCUUCCCAGUCUCCAGAAGCUCUUCCUCCACAGCAACCAGUUCGUGGGUGGCAUCCCGGUGGAGCUUGGGCAGCUCUCGCAUCUCCUCCACCUCGAUCUCCACAGCAACCGUCUCUCCGGGGCGAUUCCAGCCGAGCUCGCGCAAUGCAGCAAGCUCAACUAUCUCGAUGUGAGUGACAAUCGCCUCACGGGUCCCAUUCCCGCGGAGUUGGGAUCGAUGGAGGUGUUGGAGCUGCUCAACGUCUCCAGGAAUCGUCUCAGCGGAGGCAUUCCGCCGCAGAUACUCGGGCAGGAGAGCUUGACAUCGGCGGACUUCUCAUACAACGAUUUCUCCGGGACAGUCCCCAGCGAUGGUCACUUUGGAUCGCUCAACAUGAGUUCCUUCGUCGGCAACCCGGGGCUGUGCGCGUCGCUCAAGUGUGGAGGAGGAGAUCCUUCCUCGUCUCAGGAUGGGGAUGGCGUGGCUCUCAGCCACGCCAGAGCCCGGCUGUGGAAGGCAGUGGUGGCGUCCAUCUUCUCCGCGGCAAUGCUCUUCCUCAUCGUCGGGGUGGUGUGCUUCGUCCGUGGCAACGGGGGGGAACAGAUCGAGUGCUUGAGCAUUUGCCAAAGGCGGGAGUCGACGGGGCGGCGGUGGAAGCUGACGGCGUUCCAGCGGCUGGAAUUCGAUGCCGUGCACGUCCUCGACUCGCUCAUCGAGGACAACAUCAUUGGUCGGGGCGGGUCGGGGACCGUUUAUCGUGCCGAGAUGCCGAAUGGAGAGGUGGUGGCUGUGAAGAGGCUGUGUAAGGCCACCUCGGAUGAGACAGGCAGUGGUUCUCACGAUCACGGCUUCUCGGCAGAAAUCCAGACGCUUGGGAAGAUCCGGCACCGGAACAUCGUCAAGCUGCUGGGAUGCUGCUCCAACGAGGAGACCAACUUGCUGGUUUACGAGUACAUGCCAAACGGGAGCUUGGGGGAGCUCCUUCACAGCAAGAAGAGGAACUUGCUGGACUGGACGACGCGGUACAGCAUUGCUGUGCAGUCGGCUUUCGGGCUUUGCUACCUCCACCACGACUGCUCGCCGCUCAUCGUCCACCGGGACGUCAAGUCGAACAACAUCUUGCUCGACUCCGGGUUUGAGGCUCACGUCGCGGAUUUCGGGCUGGCGAAGUUCUUCCAGGCGUCCUCGGCCGGGAAGUGCGAGUCCAUGUCGUCGAUUGCCGGCUCAUAUGGCUACAUUGCUCCUGAGUAUGCAUACACGCUCAAGGUGAGCGAGAAGGCGGACAUCUUCUCCUUCGGCGUGGUGCUGCUGGAGCUCAUCACCGGCCGCAAGCCGACAGAGCAGGAGUUCCGUGACAGCGGCCUGGGCAUUGUCAAGUGGGUUAAGAAGGUGAUGGACGAAGCCAAGGAUGGCGUGCUGAGCAUCGUUGACUCGACGCUGCGGAGCUCGCAGCUGCCAGUGCACGAGGUGACGAGCCUUGUCGGGGUGGCUCUCAUCUGCUGCGAGGAGUAUCCAUCCGACAGGCCAACGAUGCGAGACGUUGUCCAGAUGCUCGUUGACGUGAGGGGCCUGCCCAAGAGCAGCAAGAGUGGGAGCUUCAAGGACUCAUCUAUCAAGACUCCAGUGGAAUCCCAGCAGCAGUGGGAGGAUCAGGAUCGUGAGGAGCAGCAGCGGCAGCGCAGGGAUCAGGCGCCCUUGAUCCCGCUCUAACUUAUAUAUCCAUCAUCAGGGCCCGGUUUUCUCGUUUCUACUUCAAGCAUGGUGGACGAGAUCUGACAGAAACUCGACGGCGCCCGUGAAAGCUUGAGACAAAGGUUCUCUUUCCAACUCGUACCAGUUUUGUAGCCAUCGAAAGUUACCAUCGACAGCUUCACUAUCAUCAUCUUACAGCAAAGCCAGAAGCAGCAGCAGCAGGAGCAGCCGCAUCGACAGCAGCAAUUCUCUCUGGAGCGGCGCGAGUCACGACGAAUCGAAUCGAAUAACACGGGCGAGUUAGCCGCGAAGAAACAGAGGCGAGCUGUUCGAGCUAUGGCGAGACAAUCGACGAGCCUUUUGGGGAAGGAAGAUUGUUUGCUGUGUACAUACACAAAAGCUUUUGCCAGGGAAAGCACCACCUCCUUAAAAACUUGCUCUUCGUCCAUCAGUCAGUAAGUACUCUCUUUUCCUUUCUUAGAUUUUGUGUUCCAGGAGCUUUGCAGAGAUAAUCUCUCUUCGCUGCGAAAGUUUUCUCUCGGAACGUAAAGAUUUGCUCCUCUGAUCGUAUGUAUGAGCGAUUAUUUCUUUCCCUGUGUCUUCGCCUUGUUACUUUGUCUGCCCGUCUGGGUCUACGCAUUGAAUGAAUGUAGCAUAGCGCGUGAUGAUA